AUGGAAAAGCCUUCCAAAGAAAAUGAAGGGAAACCCAAGGGCAGCAUGCCACAGACAGAGGAAGAACGCCCCUACGGAGCAUGUGAACAGCAGCGGAUAGAAGGGAAUUUUAGACAGAGACUGCUUCAGUCUCUCGAAGAUUUUAAGGAGGAUAUAGAUUACAGGCAUUUGAAGCACGAAGAAGUGACAAGAGAAGUAGAUGAGAUGGAAAGGUGCCUGGAAGAAAUAAGAAGUCUGAGAAAGAAAUUCAGGGCUCUGCAUUUUAACCAUAGGCAUUCACGGGACCGUCCUUAUCCCAUUUAAUGCAUUUUCCCCUGAAUUCAGUCACUUUCUGUUAUUAACAUUGCCACUGCUUUCUUUUGAUCUGCAUUUUCUUGCUAGACACCUGAUAUAAUUUUAUUCUGAUCUUUCGAUACUGUUUAGAUUUCCAUAUGACUUGUCAACCUCU